UUUUUAGUUAGUUGAAAAAUCUAUUCUUGAGUUAUUAGCAAAUAGAAUUUGUUUAUUAUGAUUACUAAUAAAUUAAUAAUUAGUUUUUUACUAUUUAGUUUAACUGAGAUAGCUUUGUCCUUCAAACAAUCAUCAUUUAAUCCUAAAAAAUUUAAAGUAGGAACAUUUAAAUCAUACAGCAGAAGCGGAGGACUUUGGAAAACGAAUAAUUUUUACAAAGAAAUUGAAGCUGAAAUUAAUUCACGAUUGAGCAAUGAAGAAGAUGGAUAUACUGAUAUGCCUGAGGAGAUUGAAGUUGGUCAGAAAGUACGUGGCUGGGGAAUAGUUGCAGGUCCAGAAGAGUGUGCUCGUGAAUGUGUUGCUGGAGCACGACCAAGGAUAUGUUAUUACGAUUGGACUGUUCAGUACUAUAAUACAAAUAACGGAGCAUGUGAUUUAUGUGUACCAAAAACAAACUCAUCAAUUACAAGUGAUUGUCAAUGUAUUUAUGGUGAUGGUUAUAAUGUUUCUGGAAUGUUAACAGUCAAUAGAAUGUUUCCAGGACCAUCAAUACAAGUUUGCCUUGGUGAUUUAGUUGUCGUUAAUCUUAAAAAUAUGGCUGAUGGUCAAGACAUGACGAUUCAUUGGCAUGGUAUUUAUCAAAUGAAUUAUCAACAUUAUGAUGGUGUACCAUUUGUAACACAAUGUCCAAUUCAAAGUGGUACAUCAUUUAGAUAUAUAUGGAGAGCACAAAAUAUUGGUACUCACUGGUGGCAUUCACAUGCUGGUCUUCAACAAGCUAAAUUGCUUGAAGGUGCUAUUGUUAUACGACAACCUAAAGAAGCCGAUUAUAAUCAUAAAUUGUAUGACUGUGAUAAUUUUGAUAAUAUUAUUUUUUUAAACGAUUGGAUGCAUUCACUUGCCGAUGAGCAUUUUCCAGGUACAACUGGUGGAUCUCGUAUUGGCCAAAGGCCAGACAAUAUACUCAUUGAUGGACAAGGACAAUGGCUUAAUCCAGCCACUGGCCAAUUUACAAAUACACCACUUGCUGUUAUUAAUGUUGAGCCAGGAGUUAGAUAUCGUUUCCGUUUGAUUAAUACAAUUAGUUGGGAUUGCCCACUACAAUUUUCAAUUCAAAGUCAUAAUUUAACAAUUAUUGCAUCAGAUGGAGAAAAUGUUAAACCUGUAGUUGUCAAUACAAUAACUUCUUUUGCAGCUGAGCGUUAUGAUUUUAUUCUCAAUGCUGAUCAAAAACCUGGUAAUUAUUGGGUUGAAGUACGAUUAAUUGGCUUUUGUUUUGACCAAGAAAUAAUACAAUUUGGUAUACUUCGGUACAGUGGUUCACAAUUGACAGAGCCAAAACUGGCACGACCAACUUAUAAUAAUCCGAUUGCUACUGGAAUUACAUUUAAUAAUAUCGGUGAAGUUUGUGAUGGAAGCAAUCCUAAAGAAAUUUGUGUUAAAAAUUUAGAAUCAGCUGAUCCGGUUGAUCCACGAAUUCUCGCUGAGAAAACAGAUGUACAAUUUUUCUUGCCAUUUACAUUUCAUGAUUACACUAAAGAUGAACUUUUUGAACCUGGUACUUACCAACAUUAUAUGGUGCCAAAUGGAUCACCAACGGGGGUAGUUCCAUUAAUUAAUGGAAUAACAAAUCGUCUUGCAACAUCACCUUUAUUGACACAAGUUGAAAAUAUACCUCCAUCAGAAAUUUGUGAUGGAACCAAAAAGCCACAGCAUUGUGAAAAUAAAACAGUUUGUGAAUGUACACAUGUUCUUCAAAUAGCUUUAAACUCAUCAGUCGAAUUUGUCAUAUAUGAUAAUGAUCGAACAGCGAAUUUAUCACAUCCUUUUCAUUUGCAUGGAUAUGGUUUUCAUGUAAUGGCUCAAGGCUCACAGGACAAAGUAAAAUUAACACCAAAAAAUAUACAUAAAGCAUUGCAACUUGAUCGACAAAAAUACAAACUCAAUUCAUACAGCAGACCACCAGUAAAAGAUAGUUUAGCAGUUCCACCAAAUGGAUAUACAAUUAUUAGAUUUAUUGCUGAUAAUCCAGGAUAUUGGUUCUACCAUUGUCACAUACUACCACAUUUGAUGGUUGGAAUGUCUCUGGUUGUUCACGUUGGUGGGCCGAGUGAUGUUCCACCUACACCACCUGGUUUUCCAACAUGUGGAAACUUUCAGCCACGAAUUCCAAAAUAAUUUAAUUUUCAAAAAUACCAUAAUUAUUGUUAUUAUUAUCAAUUAUUUAUCAUUAUUAUUUAUAUUUUGUAUUUUAGUUUAUUCCACUUUGAUCAGAAUAUUGAUUCAAAUACGCUCAAACAUCUUAGAAAAAAACUAAUACAAAUGAUCAUUAUUAUCUAGAUUUUUUUAAUUG